CCAAUUGCCACGAUUGACGAACCAGUCGGCCGGCCCGUUUAGUCGACCUCGCUCGUUCUCACUCGUGCGCGUUGCUCGUGCAAUCGCGCAUUAAUCAUCGCGGCAUGACCCUGUGACGUGAAUAUGAGUAGAGCCGAUAGAUCGGCGGGAGCCGCGCCGCCGGCUUUGGCGAUACACGUGGACCGUUACGAAGGAAUGGACCACGAAGAUUCCAGACUGCUAGACCCGCACCACCCGGCCCCGACCUUAACGCCCUCUGGUCAGAUGCGUAAGGUGAAGAGCUUCACGGACACUCACAAGAUCCGAGAUGUGAACGCCGCUUCCGGUGCAGCUUCGGCGCGAAGCUUACGACCUUACGAUCAAGUCACUGCUUUCCCGGAAGGGUCGGAGAACGGCACCAGCCAGUACGCUCCUUCGAUAAGAUCGUUAGCUUCUAUCGGAAUGGGAUGCACCGACGGCCGAAAAAUGGUCAUAAGAAGAGUACCGACGUCGCCCACGGAGUUGUUUCAUCUCGUGCGUCCUCCUACUCCACCGGAUGAAGACACCGCCUCCCACGAGAGCGACUGUGGAGAAGAGGAAGAAGAUGCCGAGACUGUACACUUAAAACCCCGAAGGCCUUUUUGGGCGAACAAAAUGCAAUUUGUUCUGGCUUGUGUCGGGUACUCUGUGGGCCUCGGCAACGUAUGGCGCUUCCCGUAUCUUUGCUACAAAAGCGGUGGAGGUGCAUUCCUGAUACCUUACUUCAUAAUACUUCUAGUAUGCGGAGUACCAAUGUUGUUCAUGGAACUGGCGGUCGGCCAGUACACAGCGCACGGACCUAUCGGCGCACUGUCGCAAAUAUGUCCAUUGUUCAAAGGCGCUGGACUCGCAAGUGUAGUAAUCUCGUUUUUAAUGUCCACAUAUUACGCUGUUAUUAUAGCGUGGGCGAUAUAUUAUUUCUUCACCUCAUUCAAAUCGGAAGUACCUUGGGCUAGCUGUUCCAACCGCUGGAAUACAGCGCAGUGUUGGGUUCCUAAUCACAACAUGACCAAGCCAAACAGCUCACAAACCCCCAGCGAACAAUUUUUUGAGAAGAAGGUAUUAAGCAUGAGUGAUGGUAUUGAGUACCCUGGUGGCAUGCGGUGGGAGUUGGCGGCUUGUUUGGUGUGUGCUUGGUUGUUGGUUUACUUUGCCAUCUGGAAGAGCAUCAAAUCCUCAGCUAAAGUUCGCUACAUCACCACGACUCUGCCGUUUUUACUGAUCAUAGUUUUUCUCGGUCGAUCGUUGACACUCGAAGGCGCCGACAGAGGAUUGAGGUUCUUCUUCAAGCCUGACUGGGAACUACUCAAACAGUCGAGACCGUGGGUGAACGCGGCGUCACAGAUCUUCAACUCUAUCGGAAUCGCAUUUGGAUCGAUGAUGAUGUUCGCCUCGUAUAAUCGCUUCGAUAACAAUUUCCUUCACGACACACUAGCCGUGUCCCUAAUAAACGCAGUCACCAGUCUUAUAGUUGGUAUAUUUACCUUCGCGACUAUAGGAAAUAUAGCGUUCGAACAAAAUACUUCAGUGAAGUCUGUUAUAGCUGAUAGUCCGGGAUUGCUGUUUGUGGUAUACCCCCAGGCAAUUGCAAAAAUGCCCGCAUCUCAAUUAUGGGCAGUUCUUUUCUUCUUUAUGUUUCUUUGCCUGGGCUUAAACAGUCAGUUUGCCAUAGUGGAGGUGGUAGUGACUUCAAUACAAGACGGUUUUCCUGACAUGAUUCGAAGGCGACUCGUGUACCACGAGUUGCUGGUUUUGUGCGUCUGCGCAGUCUCAUUGGUGUUUGGAUUACCGCACAUUAUACAAAGUGGCAUCUACAUGUUCCAACUGAUGGAUUACUACGCAGCUUCCUUAAGUAUUACGUACCUCGCCUUCUUCGAGAUGGUCGCCAUAGCCUGGUUUUACGGAGUCGACAGACUGUCCAAAAAUAUAAAACAAAUGACGGGACAAAGGCCGUCGCUGUACUUUAGAUUCUGCUGGUUGAUAGCCGCCCCAGCCCUGCUGCUGGCGCUCUGGGUCGCCAGUCUAGUGGACUACAUGCCACCGACCUACAGACAAUACGAAUAUCCAGCGUGGGCUCAAGUCAUAGGUUGGACUAUCGCCUCCCUGUCCUUGCUGUGUAUACCGGUGUACGCAGUUGUGGUGGUUGUGAGAUCUCCAGGAAAUAGUAUAAGAGAAAAAUUCCAGAACUCCAUACGUCCGACGUCCAUGUGUGAUUGCGGGGUCAACGGUUGUGAUUUAUGUUGUUCGGACACCGAAGCCGACGACAAGGCCACCAACGUGUCCGCCUGAGCGAGCCCCCGAACCCAGGCACUAGUCUCUGAUCUACCUGAUAUCCGUAUUACUGAUGUCAGUCACCCUCUGAUAUCUAGAAUACACAAACGCGAAAAGAUAAAAUGAGACAGGCUCCGUCUAAUUAUAAAUUAUCUAGUUUCGUUCUCGACCUCAAAAGUGUUGUAACAGUGACAUAGUUAACUACACUCAAAUCUAAGGGUAAACAUUUGACGAGUACUUCUUCGACCUUGAGGCACUUACGAGUGCAUUAUGAUAAACAAUCAUUACUGUAUUGUCUAUUACAAAUGGGUACUACAUUCGAAGAACUCCACCACUUAGUUUACUUGAUCUAUUUUGAUUAUUUUGGCGGACAUGUUACAGUACAAAAAGAAAAUUUCUACCUUAAUUGUUGCUCCAAAGCAAAAUAAUAAUAAAUUUAAUAAUCGAUUAUAGAUUAAGAUUGGUUGUUACCACAUUUGCUUAAUCUAGUGUGACUACGAUUUAAGAAGUACAUUUAAUGUAUUAAUUGCUGUGAUUUAUAUAACAUUCCAUUCAACUAUUUAUUUUGCUAUUGUUUUAAGGUAAUAUUUUUGUGAACUUUACAUUUAAAAGUUGAAGACAAAUUGUAACAAUCAACUGAACUGUAAAUAAAGUGUAUGUAAAUAUGACUACAA